AUGGCGGAGAUUAAUGGCGGAACUGGGACAGCAGGGGAUCAAGGUGGGUUUCCUGGUGAGCGCACCCAGGAGUAUUACGUCGUUGACGCUAUGACGAUAGUCCUCUCGUCUCCAUCGGUUCAAAUUCCAAGGCAAUCCGAUUGGGCCAAGUGUCCCAAGGAUACACUGACGGGGUGCGGACCGCCUCCUGCGGCGGUACCGGCACUAUCUACAGUCGUCGGAGUGCAGAGGCCUACUGCCAUAGCGGAAACAGCAAAUGCUGGAAAUGCUACUGGCCUUGCCUAUGUAUCGUCCCCCGGGAGAGAGCGUCGAAGGAAACUUCACAUGAGGCCGCAGACACAAAUACGACACGACGGCUGGAACUCACGCCGUAUUCGGCUUCCAAACCCAUUCAUUCGUACACUGAUUCCUCUAUUCUGA